AUGGCUCCAGGACAGAAAAAACCUCAACAAAAUGGAUCAAAAAAGAAAGGAUAUAAUCCAUAUAAUAAAUUUAAAAAUCAAUUUUGGAAAAAGAAAAAAAAGGAUAAUGAAAAUUUAUCGAAACAAAAUGACGGAGGACAUGAUCAAAAUCAUUCACAUAUAGGACCAUCAAGUCCAGUUAAAUUUAUUCAAACACCUAUUACUACUUAUAUUGAUAUUACUGAACGACCAGCACGUUAUCGUGGUUGGUCACUUUAUUUUCCUGAUACAGACAAAGAAUCUGAUCCAAGUUAUUUAUCAGUUUGUCAAUUAUUUGAAGAUUAUUUUAAACGUAUGAAAAAUUUAUAUGAUUAUGCUGAAAUUGAACAAAAACAAUCAUUUACUAUUAAUUAUUAUGAAGUACUUGAAGAUUCAGCUUUUCAAGACAAAAAACAAACUUGGAGUUUAUUUUUUUCCGAUCAAAAUGAAACAACAAUGAGAGUUAUUGGUUUAGCUAUGCAUCAAUGUAUUAUUGAUGAACAAGAAGAAAAAGAUAGAAAAGCGGCUAAUGAAUGUCAUCAUCCAACAGUACCACUUAUUGAUCUUCCAGUAAUUCAUGCACGUUUAGUUAAUUUUACGCCAAUGAUUCGAUUAAAAGAUGUCAAAGCUCAAGCUUAUGGUAAAUUCGUAUCAAUUCGAGGAGUUGUUGUACGUGUAAGUAAUUCACAAUGUUUGGUUAUUCGUCUGGCAUACGAAUGUUCAACAUGUCGACAUACAUUUGGUGUCACGUGUGAAAAUGGUAAACAUACAGAACCAGAACGUUGUCCAACACCGGGUUGCAUUGGUCGAUCAUUUGUUCAACAACGUUCUCAUCCAUUAACAACAAUUAUUGAUUGGCAAACAAUUCGAUUGCAAGAAGUUGCUUCAGAAGCAUCACGAGCACCUGGUCGUAUUCCACAAACGAUUGAAUGUGAAUUAACAAAUGACCUUGUUAAUAGUGCUAUUCCAGGUGAUGUUGUAGUUGUUUCCGGUGUUGUAAAAUUAAUGGUAGAUGAAAAUAGUGGUAUCCGUAAAAUAUCUGAUCAAUCAUUACUUCAAGUUUAUAUUGAUGUUAAUUCAGUUGUUAAUCAACGAUUAAAUACUUCUGAUGGAGCAUUAGGUGGUAAUAGUUUAAUGAAUACAAUGGAUUUUUCUUUAUUUGAUUUAUAUGGUAUUCAACAAAUUCAACAACAAAAAAAUGUUUUAAAACUUCUUGUUCAUUCACUUUGUCCAAGUAUAUAUGGACAUGAACUUGUUAAAGCAGCAUUAUUAAUGGCUUUAUUUGGUGGAUUAGUGCGAAAUGAAGAUAGUGCCUCUCAUAUUCCAAUUCGUUCUGAUCCACAUAUAUUAAUUGUUGGUGAUCCAGGUCUUGGUAAAAGUCAAUUGCUUCAUGCUUGUGUUAGUGUUGCACCACGAGGUGUUUAUGUUUGUGGUACAAGUUCAACUCAAUCUGGUCUUACAGUUACAUUACAUAAAGACAAAGAUGGAGAUUUAAUGUUAGACGCUGGUGCACUUGUUAUGGCUCAUCAAGGUUGUUGUUGUAUUGAUGAAUUUGAUAAAAUGAUAUCACAACAACAAGUAUUACUUGAAGCUAUGGAACAACAAUGUGUAUCUAUAGCUAAAGGUGGUAUUAUGGCGAGUAUACCAGCUCGAACAUGUGUUAUUGCUGCUGCAAAUCCAGUUGGUGGACAUUAUAAUAAAGGAAAAACAGUAGCUGAAAAUUUAAAAUUAAAAGGACCAAUUUUAAGUCGAUUUGAUCUUGUUUUUAUUCUUAUUGAUCGAGCUGAUGAUGAACUUGAUUACCGUUUAUCUGAACAUGUUCUUGCUCAACAUAAUCGUUCAAUUCGUUCAUCACAUAAUAAUACAACAGUAAGUUUAAAUCGAUCAGAAAAUGAAGCAGUACCUGUCAAUCAUCGACAACAACAACUAUUAGCAACACUUUAUGAAGAUAUUCCAUUACUUGAACAAUUACGUCUUAAACUUGGUGAAUCCAUUGAACCAGUUGGACCAAAUCUUUUACAAAAAUAUAUUGCUUAUGCACGUCGAUAUGUCAAACCUCGUCUUACACGUGAAGCAAUUGAUAUUCUUAAAAAAUUUUACUUUCAAUUACGUAUUGCUCAUCAACGUGAUGGAACAACUCCUAUUACUUUACGUCAACUUGAAUCCUUAAUGCGUCUAACUGAAGCUCGUGCCAAACUUGAACUACGUGAAGAGUGUACUGAAUCAGAUGCUGAAGAUGUUAUACAAAUAAUGAAAGCUAGUAUGAUCGAUACAUAUACUGAUGAAAAUGGUGAACUCGAUUUUUCACGAUUACAACAUGGCUCAGGAAUGAGUCGAGCAGCUGAAGUUAAGAAAAUGAUGAAUGCUAUUCGAUGUGUUAGUGAAAAAAAGAAAAGUCCUCUAUUUUCGACAGCUGAACUUAAACAAAUAGCAACAGAUAUUAAAAUUAAUAUGGAUAGAUUAGAUGAACUAUUAAUAAAACUCAAUGAUAAUGGAUAUUUAUUGAAACAAGGUCACAAUUUAUAUAAAGUUUUUUUAAUCGAAUAG